UUCACAAAGUCAAAAACAACUCAAGCCAUAAACAUUUGUUUUCAUUUACCGCGCAAUAUCAGCUGAUUAAGCUUACUCUAACCUAAUCUAACCUAACUGCAACUAGCGCGCUUCCUUUGCGUUCAAGUCGCGUUAACAUUAGCAAUUAAAUCAUUUGGUUAGUGCGAGGCUUAUUAUAUUUAUUUUUGCAUCUAGUUUACUGUUUAAUUCCUUAAAUUUAUAAAUUUUUAUUCAUCAGCUACUGUGGUACGUUUAUUUUAAACAUCAAAUCAGACCACGCAUAGCCAUAUACAGAUAUUCAAAAUGAAUGAUUCUUUCUUGGAAGAUCUAGAACCAUUAUUAAAACAGUCAAAGGUAUCUCAGGAGCAAAGGGAUUGUCAUAUAACUACUAGGCAUGGUACCUCAUCUCCGUUACUUGAAUUCUCUGAACAGGAUGAGAGGGAUAAUGUUACACAACCACAUAAGAAACAUUCCAUUAUAACUGUUUCAAAUACAUUUACAGGCUGUAAAGAUUCUUUGAAGGAUUCUAAGAAACUAUCUGAUCAAAAUAUAAAAAAGCUUUCUGUAAAUGUAAAAACAAUUGAAAAAGCUGAGAAAAUUGUUGAUAGUAAAGGGAAACUUGGAGAUGUAAAAAUAAAAAUUGAGAAUAAACAGCACAGUAUUAAUGAAGAACAAAAAAUAAAAGUACACGAUGCAAGAGGUCCUAAGAUAUCUGAAAAUAAAGUUGCAAAUAAAGAUCGUAGUCGACGUUCCGGAUCGCAUAAGGAAACUAUUCAUUCUUUAAAUACUUCCAGUAAGGAGAAUAAACGUUCUCCUGAUUCUUCCAAUUAUUCUUUUGAUGCUUCCAGUAAGGAGAAUAAUCGUCCUCCAGAUUCUUCCAGAGAGGUUAAUUCUUAUUCGAUUAAAGAGAAAGAAAAGUUGCCCAAUAAAUCGAAGAAAUCGGGUUUCAAAAUACAAGAUCAGGAUCCAGUUGGUUUGCUUACAGCUAUUAAAGAACUAAUAAGUAUGUAUACUAAGCAAGAAAGUACAAAAAUUCUACAUGCUAUGGAGGAACUGCAUAUCAACUCCCAAGCUGGCUUGAUAAAAAAUCUUUUGGACCAGACAGAUGAUUUGGUCAAAGAAAUGCAUUCCUGCCAAGAUUCUGCUAGAAUAAAAGCCUUGAUUGAAGAAAAUGAGCAAUUACAGCAAGAGUUGAUUGCUUUGCGAGUGCAGAAUGAGGAUCAGCAGAAUAAAUUAGAAUUCUUAAAACAAGAAAAUGCUGCCUUAAAAUUAAAGUGCCAUGAAUUAACAUAAAUAUAAUACCAAACAGUUGUAUUAAAAAUGGAAAGUAAAUUAGUAGAAUAAUUUUUUUAUG